CCUCUUUCCACGUGUAGAGUUUAGCUGCGUUGAAUAUAUGAACCAGCCUCCACCGCUUCCCUCCUUCACCCGCACUGCAGAGCGAUUUCUUUAAACACUAUCCUGUUAAUCGACUGCUGAAAGUUCAUCCGAAAUGGCCUUUAUACUCCUCUUUAUGGUGUUAACUCCCUUCCUCUGGCUGUGCGUUUUUGGUGUUUGGGGCUUUAAUUUGGGAUUGGGUAUCUAGGAUUUUGUUCUUUGGUGGUUUGCAAAUUUGGUUAUUGGGUUUUGAUAUUGAUAGUUUCUGCUCUGAGAUUUUCUAUAGAUUACAGAAAGGUUGGAACUGGGUUUCUUUGUUUGUAUGCAUUCCCGUAUUGUUCUUUGUUUUCCCUAAAUGCAUGCAAUGAUAGCGAAAUCUGAAAUAGGCACUCCAAGGCCUUUGAAAAUAAAGAAAUGCAUAAAAUGAGAAAUUAACUUCAAACAUUUUGUGUUAAUCUUUACAUCAUUUCAUGUCUGCUUGCUCGAAUCAAGGGAUUUAGAUUGGCUUUCUAUGAGUUUAGUCUACAUCUAUGGACCAUUGAACUUCAAUCCUGUUUAACAGUGGUUCUUCCACCGGUUGAAAGAUGCUUGCCCAAUUCCAGUUCCAAACUCAGGAAUACAAUUAAAACAACUCGGUCAUGUUAUGGUAAAAUGAUGGCAAAAUCUUUGAAUAUUCUUUUCAGUAAUAGCUGCAACGUUAUUAGAGCUUCGUUUGGUCAUUUGUUUUCCAAGCAACAACAUUUAAUAAGGUUCUUGGUAAUGGAAAGGUCAUCUAGGAAGACUUCAACUGUCUGUCAAUUGUUUAAUAUAUACAUGUUAUCAGAUUGACCGAAUGGGCCGAAAGGAUACAGCCGUGGAAGAAGAAGUUAGAUAUCAGUUUAGUAGUGUCAUUUUGCACUACAAGGAGUCAUUCAUAUACAAGACAAUGCAUAAGAGUUUCACCCUUAACAUUUGAACUCAAGGCUACUUUGAAAUUGGCAAGGUUCCUUUGCAGGUGGAACUAGCAAGGCCUUUAGAUUUGGAAAGUAGUUUCUCAAUCUUUUUGGGCUUUGCUGUUAGCUUUAGUAUUCAUUUCUCCACAGAUGUUCGCAGUCUAUUGUUCAUCAAUGACAGACCAUUAUGUUUUUACAAUGGCUUCAAUGAAAUGAGAAUGGAAGUGUUUUUGCAAAUCCCUACAAGGGUGAAAAGAACAUGAGCACCCUCAUGUAUCGGCCAUUUACUAGCUGAGCAAUCAAUAGCGAGCCUUUUCACGUCUUCAGGUACCUUAGAAUGGUGCUGUAAUCGAUUUUCCGAGUUUCAAGCUUUGUGCAUGUGCACUGGUGGUAUAAGCAUUCACAGUGAGGAAGAGGAAAGCUUCAGAGUCACUCUUCUCAUUGAAGAUGAGACUGAUCAAGCACAUGCAGUCUUAAUGGGCAAAGAAGCAGAAGAAAUCUGUGGAAUCUCAUGCGAGGACUUGAUUAUCAAGAAAAACUGCAAAAACCAAAGGAUCAUACCACAAGAAAUUCUUCAAUUAGAAGGACAGAUCAAGCUGCUGAAAUUGAAACCAGGAACAAAAAGAGAUUUCCUUAUAAAGGGGAUAUACGAAGAUGUUCACAAGUUCACACCAACCCAAGAUAUCGAACCAACAACUUCCACGCCAAAUAAGAAAAUAUUUGAGAAGAAGAGGAAGGAAUUGUUCAAAGCAAAACCAAGCAAGAAUCCAAAAAGUGACAACUUUGAACCAUCAGAUCAGACCAGCGCAAAUACAUCGGCUCAAUCCGACACAGAAGACCUUAUCUAGCCACUUCUGCUUUGCAAUCUUCUACUUUGUCUUUUUGCGAUAAGGACCAAUCUGUAUGGUUUUUUGUAAUGCUAACGGUCCUUGAAAAACAAUGUCAUGCUGUGUACAUAUAAGCACUGGUUGUCAGGACCACUCUAUGUUUUUUGUAAUGCUAAUGGUCCCCUGAGAAACAAUCAACCAAGACAGCAGACAUUCUGUACAUCAACUACUGAUCAAUGUACAUAAAAGCUUUUUGGCUGCU